AUGGACGGGCUACCCAUACCCAAGAUUGAGAAGUACGAUCUUGGUCCGACAAAUGCCUUGGGACGGCCAUAUACCCUGCAGACUUUACUACCUGGUAAAAACUUACAUGCAUUGUGGCUAGAGCUAAAUCCACAACAGAAAGCGUCGGCCAUCCAGCAGAUUACCCAAACAGUGGAAAAGAUUGCAGCCGUCACGACGCCCGCGGCUGGGUUCAUCUCCCUGAGUAACUUGACCACCUCCAGAAACUCGGCUAUAGCACUGGAUCAAUUCCCCGUUCCGACAAACCGAGAAGCGAAGAAACGACCACACUUCGCUCAGCCCAGCCAGAGUCCAGCGCCAUCUCAAACACCUUUUGGGUAUCUGAUUGAUCAUUGCCAGCGCUGGCAGAAGUACGAAGAAGAGAUUGGACGUGCAAGUCGAAACAAAAACCUGUGGCGAAUCACGAUCGCCGUUGCGAAAGCUCUGGAUCGGCGCGGAUGGCUAGGGCAGCGCUUCCAUCUUACGCAUGGCGACUUGUUUCCCCGUAACAUACUCGCCAAGAUCACAGGCCCAGAGACUGUGGAGAUCACAGGUAUCGUAGACUGGGAUAUGGCUUGCUUCGCACCCAAGUUUGUGGCCCUCCGGCCCCCGUUCUGGGCGUGGGUAGGUCACUCGAUGGACGAGAGAGACGAAGACUUGGCAACGUACGAGCCGCCUGAGGGAAAGUUCAAGACGUUGAAGCAGGCUUUUAGGGGCGCAGCGUCAGAAGAAUUCAUCGUAUUUGGUCUUUCGCGCGAGAGUGCCAUCGCGAGAAAGCUGUUUAGGGUAGUCAACAGUGGAUUGCUGGGCGAUCGUCGGCAUCUGGCGCUUCAGCUGGCAGAAGAAUGGAAUGCCUUGUAUCCGGAGGAUAAGAUUGGUGAUCUUGAAGCAGAGUGGAAUUAA